AAUAAGGGGUAAUUCGGCCCCAAAGGAACUACCACGUAAUAAUUUUGAGAGGCAACUAGAGACCGGUAUCCGGACAUAGAUUAGACAACGGAGGAGGGAGAUCGCGCGAGGGCGGAGCUGAGAAACAAUGGCGGAGCAGCGCGGAGGAAGAAGCGGCUGCUGCCCACCGAUGGAUCUCUUCAGAUCGGAGCCUAUGCAGCUCGUUCAACUCAUCAUUCCAAUCGAGUACGCUCACCUCUCCGUCGCUUACCUCGGCGACCUUGGCCUCAUCCAGUUUAAAGAUCUGAAUGUUGAGAAGAGCCCUUUCCAGCGAACAUAUGCUACUCAGAUUAAGAGAUGUGGAGAAAUGGCACGCAAGUUAUGGUUUUUCAAGGAUCAAAUGUCUAAAGCAGGAUUGUCACUUUCUGCCAAGUCUGUCACACAGGACGACUUAAGUUUUGAUGAUCUGGAGGUGAAGCUUGGAGAACUCGAAGCCGAACUGGUUGAAAUAAAUGCUAACAAUAGUAAGUUACAACGAUCAUACAAUGAACUUGUGGAAUACAAGCUUGUUUUGCAGAAGGUUGGUGAAAUAUUUCACUCAGCUCAGAGUAGUGCUGAAUCUCAGCAACACGAAUAUGCAUCAAAUCAAAGUGGUGAAGAGUCUGUGGAAGCUCCACUCUUGUCAGAAUUGGAAUUGUCUUAUGAUUCAUCUAAGCAAAUUAGAUUGGGUUCUAUUGCUGGGCUUGUUCCUAGAGAGAAAUCCAUGGCCUUUGAGCGUAUUCUCUUCCGAGCUACCCGGGGUAAUGUGUUGCUGAGAGAACAUGAGGUUGAGGAGCCCGUCAUUGAUCCCAUUUCAGGAGAAAAGGUUGAGAAAAAUGCAUUUUUAGUGUUCUUUUCAGGCGAAAGGGCAAAGAACAAAAUUCUCAAGAUAUGUGAAGCUUUUGGAGCAAACAGGUACCCAUUUGCCGAGGAACUUAGUAAACAGGCUCAGUUGAUAGCAGAGGUAUCUGGAAAAACCUCUGAACUAAAGACAGCAAUAGAUGCUGGAUUUCUGCACCGUGGGAAUCUGUUACAAACUAUUGGUGAACAGUUCGACAGAUGGAACUAUUUGGUUCGAAGGGAGAAAUCCAUUUAUCAUACACUUAAUAUGCUUAGCAUUGACGUGACAAAGACAUGCCUGGUUGCAGAAGGCUGGUGUCCUACUUUUGCAACUAAAGAGAUUCAGGAUGAAUUGCAUCGGGCAGCACGUGACUCUAAUUCAGAAAUGGAUGCAAUUUUCCGGAUAUUAGCUACACGAGAGUUGCCACCCACAUAUUUCCGGACAAACAAAUUUACUUCUGCUUUUCAAGAGAUUGUUGAUGCGUAUGGGGUGGCCAGGUAUCAAGAAGCAAAUCCGGGUGUAUUCACUAUCGUCACAUUUCCAUUUCUUUUUGCAGUGAUGUUUGGUGACUGGGGACAUGGUAUAUGCCUGUUACUUGCAACAUUGUACUUUAUAAUCCGUGAGAAAAAACUUUCUAAUCAGAAACUUGGAGACAUCACGGAAAUGACGUUUGGUGGGCGUUAUGUGAUAUUGAUGAUGGCAAUCUUCUCAAUCUACACAGGAUUUAUCUAUAACGAAUUUUUCUCUGUUCCAUUUGCUUUAUUUAGUAAAUCAGCAUACACAUGCCGUGAUUCUGCUUGCAGUGAGGCUACCACAAUAGGCCUAAUCAAGUCUCGUGAUACUUAUCCAUUUGGUGUGGAUCCUGCUUGGCAUGGUUCUCGCAGUGAAUUGCCGUUUUUGAACUCCUUAAAGAUGAAAAUGUCUAUUCUGCUUGGGGUGGCUCAAAUGAACCUUGGGAUACUAUUGAGCUACUUUAAUGCCAAAUACUUCAGAAAUAGUGUAAAUACAUGGUGUCAGUUUAUUCCUCAAGUGAUAUUCUUGAAUGCGUUGUUUGGUUACCUUUCUGUCCUCAUCAUCAUAAAGUGGUGCAGUGGUUCACAAGCUGAUUUAUACCAUGUGAUGAUAUACAUGUUCCUUGGUCCUACUGAGGAGCUAGGUGAAAAUCAACUUUUUCCUGGUCAAAAGUUAACUCAGCUCGUGCUUCUACUUUUGGCUCUGGUUUCUGUCCCGUGGAUGCUUCUCCCUAAACCUUUCCUUUUGAAAUCACAACACAAUAGGCACCAAUCACAGGCCUAUGCACCAAUUCAAGAUCUUGAUGAAUCUUUACUGGUGGACGGAAAUCAUGGUUCUAGUGAUCAUGAGGAAUUUGAGUUCAGUGAAGUCUUUGUGCAUCAACUCAUACACACCAUAGAGUUUGUCCUGGGAGCAGUCUCUAACACAGCUUCUUAUCUUCGUCUGUGGGCCCUCAGUCUUGCACACUCUGAGUUAUCAACUGUCUUCUAUGAGAAGGUCCUCCUCCUUGCUUGGGGGUACAACAACAUUGCCAUUCUUAUUGUCGGCAUCAUUGUUUUCAUUGCUGCAACUGUUGGCGUGCUAUUGGUGAUGGAAACACUGAGUGCAUUUCUCCAUGCAUUAAGGCUCCACUGGGUCGAGUUCCAGAACAAGUUUUACGAGGGAGAUGGGUACAAGUUCAGCCCUUUCUCUUUCGUUUUGCUCAGCCAGGACGAUGAUUAAGCCAAGCCUUCACUAAUGUUCAUGUUCUUUGGUUAAGGUGAAGAAAUUCCUAUUCAAUUCCUUUCUUUUUUCUGUUUCUUUGUCUUCGGAUAUGGAGACGAAUGAUAUAUUCGUGAGUUCCCCUUUCCACCCUCAAUGUUAUGUAACAAUAAUAAGUAUCUUGUGGCUGGUGAGGCAGUUACUGUUAAAUUGCCAAAAUGCAGUAUAUAUAUAAAUCUAAUAAAAGGUGCUCUGUUAUUUGCACCACAUUUUUUUUCUCAUUAUAUGCAUUUUGGCCUGUAUUGUAUUUUAGUGACAUCAGUUCAUCUCCAUUUGUAUCAAUUAUAAUGCCAAAUCAUAGCUUCGCUUUUUUGUCCAUUUUGGUUACGUUAUAAAGCAAACUCAUGUAA